AUGGAGCAAAUACCGUUACAAACAGUUGAGGAGCAAAAUGCUGCGUUAAGUGAGCUCGAGGGAAAGAAACAUCAACUUGAAAAUCUAUUGGAAAAUAUUCCAUUAGAUGAUGAAGGUAAUGAGUUACGAGAGAAGGGUAGUAGACUACUGGGACAACUCAAUGAUAUUCUAAAACGGUUAGCUGGUGCAGUUGGGGAGAAGCUUGCAGCAUUAGCUGCAUUCAAUGCAAUCAAAGACGAAAUUGAAACACAACUGUCAUCAUUGCAAGCUAUACCGAUGUUGAUUUCUGAUGAAAUUACUAUAUCUGAGCUUGAUAAUCGACUACAUAAUAUAAAUAUCGAUACAGAAAAGUUGCAGAAAUUGAAGGAAAAAUUGUUAUAUGCAAGUGUCUCUGAAUCGGACAGGGAACAGUGCAGUAAAAGAAAUGAUCUCUUGUCAAAAAUUGAUGAGUUUCUGCUAAGUAGACAGAAGGAUCAUGAAUAUUUUGAAGAAAAACGUAUCCAGUUGCUCACUUGUGAAAGGAUAUUUACCGAUUGUAAAGCAUUAUACAAUGAGUUGGAAAAAUUGAUAAAGCAUGGUCAGAAGUUGUUGAACGAUUCAGAAGCUCUUCCUGAUUCUUAUGGUUCGGUCUCAGAUGCAUUGACUACUGUUAUUGAAAGGGCAGUCAAUUUACGUAUCAGUGAACCGAAAAUCGAACAACCGCAGGAGCUAGUUUUUGAACAGUUAUGGAAACUAAUUGACGAAGCCAGAGAUGUGCAGACGCUAUUGAUUCAACGUGUUUAUGUGUGGGAACAAUUUGUAAAGGAACAUGACUCAUCAAUGGAGAAACUGAACGGUAUACGCAGACAUAUAUGUGAAAUUGAGGGACGCGGAAUGAGAAGAUUUGAUCAAAUGCUUGAUGAUUUGGAAGCUCUGAAGGUUCUCUACCUGAGAUGGUCGUUCCUCGCAAGUCUGCCAUCACAACUACUGUCUCUGAGCUCACAGCUUCACCCACUAGCCUAUACCCAACGAGAGGGAAAAGCGUUUGCUGAAGAAGCAAGUAAACUUGAGAAGAAAAUCGAGAAUUUGUUGGAUUCCAUGUCUGCCGAAUUCCGUGUAAGAGAAGAAAUAGUGCAUUCGUUACUCGUAAUAUCAGAUGAACUCGACGAUAUCAAAAAUGCAUUCAAUGUUCAAAAUAUAUCACCUCGUCUACAGAAGAAAUUACAGCAGCGGUUGGAAGGUAUUAGGGCUCAUUUGAAAACACUGGACGAAGAUAUUUCCAAGUUCAACGAUAACAGAAUCUUUCUGAGUGAAGAAGAGGAUAUUGCAACUAAAUAUUAUUUUGAACGAUUAGAAGAGAUUGAAGAAAAGCUAAAAGGAAUGGAACUUACGGAUACUGAAGAAUUCGAUGUUGAUGCUGCAGCAGAAGUACUGGCAACAAUAUAUCCAGAUGACCAUCCACGAGAUGUACUACGUGAACAGGGCAUUCUAUUUGAUGAUGACGAUUCAUAUGAUCUUAGUCCUAGCACUGCUACAAGUGAUGAUGAUAAGAGCAAAUUCAAAACACCACCUGAUGAUGAACUAAUACUGGAAGAAAGCGAGAGGGAAGAUGCCGUUGAAGCUCAUCCAUCACUCGGUGUCGUUGCACUCUCACCAGUUCCUGAUGAUCCAAGUCCAGGACGUGUACAUUACGAACGACAGCGUUCUCGUUGGAGACGUAUACUUCGUACUGCAUUACCUCUCCAGGCUAUGCUUGUGUUACUUCUUGGUGCAGCAUGUCUUGUACCACAUUGUGAUGAUGAAAGUUGUUGCCAACUGCUCAAUAAUUUUGCGCGAAACUUUGAUCCGUCGUUAGAAUUUUUGAAUGGACCGCCACCGUUUUAA